UGAAAUAGGAGUUAAAUUUGGCCAAGGUACUGUGAGUUCCAAACGUUUUUCUGCCAAGAUGGCUAAAAUCAGGUCAAUCGAAUUUCUCAAGCUUAUCAACGUCACGAGCGAAGAUCUCCACCUUCUCUUCCUGGUCCAGAGUCAGCACUGUCACCAUAACAAACAUUUGUGCUAUCACGAGGGGGUCUCCUACAUGAAGGCAACCCAUCAGAGGAAAAUGGGCAGUCUUAGCCAAAUAUGGACAAAGCAGAUACAAAGUUGGGUCAAGCAGGAGUAGCUGUCAGAGGGGCCUUUUCUGGACACUCCUAUGACAAAACCAAGGUGUUUUUAAAGCAAAACUGACAAUUUUAUACUAGUUCCAUGUGGAGAAUCACUCUAUGGCAGUCUAAAUAGACAAAAUAUGAGACGUUUCAAUCCAUAUAUUUAUUUUCUGGAAUGUCAUGUGACAUGAGUCACUUUGAGCAAACAGAAGAUCACGCAGACAUGAAAGGUUCCAAAUGUGUUCACGUUACCCGAGAUUCUAGCUCUUCUGCUUGCUUGCUGACUCAUCCUGCAAAAAUAAUCAUAAUUUGAAAAUCAGUAUGGAGAGUAGUAGUAAUCUAAGGCAGGUUGACUGCAUCGAAACAGUUAUUUUCUAGACAGGCUUUUACGUCAGAGACAGACAAAACCAAAGUGAGAUGCAGCUGACAGGAAGGAAGCGACAAACAAACCACGCUGUGCAUCACAAUUUAUUUCUUCAUUCUCCAAUUCCUCUUCAGAAACCAGAACACCUUUCAUGUGCCAGGCUUGAUGGAAAUAGAUUAUAUGAUUGUGUUUAAAAAAAAAAAAAAGGGGGGGGUGAGGGGGGUCUAGAGAUUAGCAACUGCUGCUCCUCCUCCUCUCCUCUACCCUAUUUCCUUUUUUGGGCCCUUCUUGUGUGUUUGUGCCAGUUUUGAAUGUGGCAAACACACAGUGAGGAGAUGGUGCUCACGCUCCUGUGUAGGAUCUGACAAGGUCAGGGCAAGAAAGGAGGAGACCUGGUCAAGAAUGGGAUGCUGCAGUUUGACCCAGAGACACACCGGUGUGGAUGAAGUGGGUCCUGAUGAGAUCGAGCUCCUGGAACUCGCUGGAGACCGUUCAGGGGUCUGGAGUUUGGAAGAGACCAGGCUACAAGUGUCAGCGAGGAGCAGCGCAAACGACAAGCCGCCACCAUCACGGCACACUUCAGUACCGCAGCUGGAACAGCAGCUUACUCAUACUGUGGUGGUGUGGGGCAAGAGCAGAGAAGAACUGCACCAGAGGAUCUACUCCCAGCAGCCAAUCAGAGGCUGGGAGGGUCGACCUGCUCACAUGCAUGGAGAGAUCGUCCACUCCGCCCUUGUUUUUCUGCACUGCAAAUACUCUCAGGAGAGACAUGAGCAUUUCCUGGUUUUAUUCUCUUUCCACUUGCUGCUCCUCUCCCUCGAUUACACACACCAAGACUUCAUUUAUGAGGGCAUGCUUCCACUUUCCGGCCUUUCCUUUCAGGUCAUCCCUGUGGUGCGUGACAUCUCUGAGUCACCUCACAUGUUUGAGAUCAGCGGUUCAAUGUUGGACCCGAAGAUCUUCAUUUGCUCUAAUGCUGCAGAAUUACAGACAUGGAUGAAACACUUGAAGGACAGGAGAUGCAAGACUCUGACUCGACCAAAAAGUCCUUCUCACAGUGCUCUUUCCUAUCUACUGCCUUGUGAUGAGCACUGGAAAAGAGAGGAGCUGAAGAAAUACUUGAUGCAUGCUCCGAUAUGGGGGUGGGAGGGGUCGCCUAUUCAACACAUGGGCCAGCCAGGAUACAUCUCAGUGGUCCAUAUCGUCAACACACAAAGAGAGGGCCUCCAAGAAAGACUGAUGAUACUCUUCCCUCAAGAUAUUCUGCUGCUGUCAGUGGACAACAAGAACCUCAAUAUCACAUACCAGGGCAAGCUACCUCGUCACUGUGUCAAAGUCACAGAGAAAUCAACUCGACCAGGACGACUUGAGUUUGAGCUUCGAGGAGACCUGGUGGACCCUCUGCAGGUCUUGUGUACUUGCCUGGAAGAUUAUAAGAACUGGAUCUUUCAUUUACAGCAGGUGCCAAUGACGAGCUGUCGCAAUGUAAAAUGCUCAUAAGAAAAAUUU